AUGGGAAAGGUUCACGGAUCUCUCGCCCGUGCCGGCAAGGUCAAGUCUCAGACCCCCAAGGUUGAGAAGCAGGAGAAGAAGAAGACCCCUAAGGGCCGCGCAAAGAAGAGACUCACAUACACUCGCCGCUUCGUGAACGUGCAACUCACCGGUGGCAAGAGGAAGAUGAACCCCAACCCAACCUCCUAA